AUGGCAAACUUCGAGGGCCACGCACUCCCAGGAAGCUUAUUUCUGAUCGUUGGACUGUGGUGGUCUGUCAAGUAUCCACUGAAGCAUGUUCACCACAAAGGGAAGCGUAGCCUAGGGGCUCAUGCUUAUCAGCGGCUCGAGACCAUCGAAGCUGCCAUCAGGACAGUUCUACCUUUAAUUGGGAUACUGGCUGAGCAGUUUGUCCCUAGUGGGCCCCAUCUGCACCUGUACCAUGGGGACCACUGGGUGAAGCUGAUGAACUGGCAGCACAGUACCAUGUACCUCUUCUUCGGUGUGUCGGGCCUCAUCGACCUGCUCUCCUGCCUCUACACCCACAUUCCCCGGGGCCUCGACAAGCUAGUCAUGGCCAUAGCCACCUUUGUUGAAGGCUUCCUCUUCUACUACCACGUCCAAAACCGACCUCCGCUGGACCAGCAUAUCCACUCGAUGCUGCUGACAGCCUUGUUUGCAGGGAGCACGACUUUGUUCGUGGAGGUGUUUUUGCAAGACAAUGUGGUACUGGAGCUCUUCCGCACCAGCCUGCUGCUCCUGCAGGGUACCUGGUUCUGGCAGAUUGGGUUUGUGCUGUACCCGCCCUCAGGAGGCCCAGGCUGGGACCUGCAAAGCCACGAGAACGUCAUGUUCAUCACCAUGUGCUUCUGCUGGCACUAUCUGGCAGCCAUGGGCAUCAUGGCCACCUGCUACAUGCUCGUGUACUGCUUUCUGUCCCGCUCAAAGCUGCAACACGAGAACAUCAUCGGGAUUCAGAAGCUGAAGUUGGACCACUCGUACCAGGAGGCCCUGCUCAACGGCUCUGAUGAGGAGUGA